UUGUAUUGCGGAAUCAGUUGGUCGUUGCGAGCUUCCUAAGAAAGGACCAGAGUUUCCGCGAUGUCUGCGAUUUACGGAGAUAUUCCUACAGUGCCUACGAAGAUUCUCCAAAUAAGACGAGGACUCCACAACCAGCCGGGCCUCCAUAAUAUUUUAGAUGUGCCAGUGGAUGCCAUUGAGCAACACGCGCCUCAUGCCAUCUGCAGUAACGCUACGAUUUCUCUACUGUUCUACACGCUUGGGGACAGCUAUGCUACAUUCCGCGUUGCUAUCGGGCACCAUUUCGUAACGAAUCAGUCUGACUUCUUUGAAGUCGGUACCUUCGCGGACGAUAAUAGGGUCAAAUGUAGUACCAAGUCAAGCAGCAGCGGCUACUACGAUACUAAGAAAACGAUUGCUGCGAAGACCUUCUACUGGAUCCAGUUUGUGAGAGAAGAUAAGGACAUUUGUAUACUCUUCAACGGUGAAGGAUACUACAGGCUUACGUACAAACCUGAUGUUCCCGUGUUCGACGGUAUAAUAACGUGGACGAACAUUGAUCUGAAUAUCGCAUGCUUCGAGUGCCACUUUACGUGCGACCAAAGCAACGUGUCAACUCUUCUGCCAAUGAACGAGUGGUUGAACUCAGAUGAACUGAACACGAGCCGAUCUUUCCAUCAAAGCGUCAACUUCAAAUUGGGAGGUUCCAUGACAAUUUUGGGAACCUACAAGAAGACGGGGCAAGGCGACGACAAGAUAAAGCUCGCCUUCAAAAAAGGGUCCAGCACUUCCACCGCUACGAUAGAUCCCCCGUCGGACCGCACUGCAAACACAAUGCUCCAUCUGACCAUCCAAGGAGGCGAAUUGGUUCUCAUAUUCCAGGGUACUCACAAGACGGUCUUGACAGGUGUGGACGGAACGCACACCGUCCCAGUGAAGAUCGUUGAAAACUUCCACGUGAUAUCCGUUUGCAUGACAUCAGGAAUGAUCAACACAGAGAAGAACGACCUUGGCGACGUGUGAUACGGUGUCCGUGUGGUACGGUGUGUGUGUGUGUGUCCGUGCGUGUGUGUGUUCCAUUUGAAAUAAUAAAUAAGUAAAAGCACUGGAAGUGUAA